AUGGAGUUCAGCUGUGAGGUCAAAUUGAAAGGAAAGGAGCUUUUCGAUCUCGUGUGCCGCGCUCUGGGCCUGAGGGAAACAUGGUUUUUUGGGCUUCAGUACAACGUCAAAGACACAGUAGCCUGGCUGAAGAUGGAAAAACGGGUUUUGGAUCAGGAGAUACCAAAGGAGGAGCCGAUCACUUUCCAGUUUUUAGCCAGAUUUUACCCUGAAAAUGCAGAAGAGGAACUAGUGCAGGAUAUCACACAGCAUCUGUUCUUUCUACAAGUGAAAAAGAACAUUCUUGAAGAAGAGAUUCACUGUCCACCCGAGGCUUCUGUCCUGUUGGCGUCCUAUGCCGUCCAUGCCAAGUAUGGGGACUAUGACCCCAGCCUCCACAAACCAGGCUUCUUGGCUGAAGAAGAACUGCUACCAAAAAGAGUAAUUAACUUGUACCAGAUGACUCCUGAAAUGUGGGAGGAGAGGAUCACGGCGUGUUACGCACAGCACCGGGGUAGGACGAGGGAUGAAGCCGAGAUGGAGUAUUUAAAAAUAGCUCAGGACCUGGACAUGUAUGGCGUCAAUUACUUUUUAAUCAGGAAUAAAAAGGGAACUGAGCUGCUUCUGGGAGUGGAUGCUCUUGGUCUCCACAUCUACGACUUGGACAACAAGCUGACACCAAAGUGCUCCUUUCCCUGGAACGAGAUCCGCAACAUCUCUUACAGUGACAAGGAGUUUACUAUCAAGCCUUUGGACAAGAAGGCUAAUGUUUUUAAGUUCAACUCAUCACGGCUAAGGGUCAACAAAUUGAUUCUUCAGUUGUGUAUUGGAAACCACGACUUGUUUGUGCGGAGAAGACGCGUGGACUCUUUGGAAGUGCAGCAGAUGAAAGCACAGGCGAGAGAAGAGCGAGCGCGGAAGCAGGUAGAGAGGCAGCGGCUGCAACGGGAAAAGCAGAUGAGAGAAGAGGCCGAACGAGCCAGAGACGAGCUGGAGAGGAGGCUGCUGCACCUGCAGGACGAGGCGCAAAUGGCCAACGAUGCAUUGCUGCGCUCGGAGCAGACCGCAGACUUGCUGGCUGAAAAAGCUCAGAUCGCAGAGGAAGAGGCCAAGCUGCUGGCGGAGAAAGCCGCUGAGGCCGAGUCAGAGAUGCAGAGAAUCAAAGUGACUGCCAUCCGCGGACAAGAGGAGCGGCGCCUCAUCGAGCAGAAGAUGAUACAGGCCGAGAUGCUGGCGCUGCAGAUGGCGGAGGAGUCGGAGAGACGGGCCAAAGAGGCGGAGCAGCUAAAGCAAGAUCUGCAGUCGGCACGUGAGUCCGAGCGCAGGGCCAAACACAAGCUCCUGGAAAUCAUGAGCAAAGAUGUGUAUGUGCCUCCUGGAUUGCCAACAGGCCGCAUGCCUCCUGACCUAAACUACAGCAGAGAGAACCUCAGUUUUGAGUUUAAAGACACAGACAUGAAACGCCUUUCCAUGGAGAUAGAGAAGGAGAAGGUGGAGUACAUGGAAAAGAGUAAACAUUUGCAGGAGCAGCUGAAAGAACUGAAGACUGAGAUUGAAAGUCUGAAAACGCCGAGCAGGGCACCAACAAACACAGCAACUUUAAAAAGUUCACUGGGAGCCCCAAUGCGUUCCCUCACAGCUGAACUCCAGCAGUUAACUCUGCAAAGCACCAAGACCAGAGUGGCCUUCUUUGAGGAGCUGUGA